AUGGACUUUCUGGACGACGAGGCGGACUUCAACAACGGCGAUGACAUUCUUGUCCCAAGCUCUCAAACCGACGACCCUCCUCGACCUCGAAAACGACGGCGAACCCGACAUCUCGAACCCGAUGACGAUGAGUAUGAUCUACCAUCGAAUAGCGAUCAAGGAAGAGAUGAGACCCGGCGCGGGUCUGUCGAAGCACAGAAAUCGAAAUAUGAGGACCAUAUCCACGUUCCUCAAUAUGGCAUGCAAGCGAGCAACACAUUUGUGACACAAUUGACGCAGCAAUGGUCGUCACCUUCAAGAAUAAGAGGCCCACGUUGGAUGAAACCUCCCGUGGAAUCUCCCCCUCCAACUCCUCGUGCCCUUCAUGCAUCAAAUACUCAAGCUGCACCCACAAAACAAGCCGAAGUGAGACCGCUCUCCGUUGAUGAGUUCGAAGACGACGAGGACGAUCUGGAACUACUGCAAGCAUUCGAGGCUGCAAAUGCAGCAGCGCAAAAUCCUCAGAAUAUUUCCUUUGACUCUCGAUUGGGACCAUCGAGCCACUCUGGGCCCAUCAACCGUGUCCCAGUACAAGCGUCACAAUCCUUUAGGCAGACGACUCUUCAUGGAAUUCACACUACGCAACAGGUACCCUGGAUGACACAGACACAGGUUAGAGCGCACAAUUGGCCACUUGUGAAUCGGAACGAGUCGCCAACCCAUCAUCAGGUCAACCUAGAAGCAAUGGGGACGUGGGUGUAUCCAACAAAUCUUGGUCGGAUCAGAGAAUACCAGUAUAACAUUGUUCACAAAGGUCUUUUCAACAACCUGCUCAUCGCUCUCCCUACAGGACUCGGGAAAACAUUCAUAGCCGCCACUGUUAUGCUAAAUUGGUUUCGAUGGACCAAGGAAGCUCAAAUAAUAUUUGUGGCACCUACAAAACCACUUGUAUCGCAACAGAUUGACGCCUGCUUUAACAUUGCAGGUAUUCCACGGUCGCAGACAACUAUGCUUACAGGCGAUGUGCCUCCCGGAAUUCGAGCUGAGGAAUGGCUUGAGAAAAGAGUCUUUUUUAUGACCCCACAAACACUGAUCAAUGAUUUAAAGAACGGGAUGUGUGAUCCGAAGAAGAUUGUUCUGGUUGUAGUUGACGAGGCUCAUAAGGCCACCGGGAACUACGCCUAUGUUGAGGUUAUCAAGUUUCUUAGAAAAUUUAACUCAAGCUUCCGAGUCCUUGCCUUGACUGCCACGCCAGGAUCCACCGUGGAGGCAGUUCAGGCAGUAAUCGAUGGUCUUGGUAUAGCUAGAGUCGAAAUCAGGACCGAAGAUUCUCUGGAUAUUCGCGACUUUGUGCAUUCCAGGAACGUUGAUAUCGAACUUUUCGACAACUCGGAUGAGAUCACCAUGUCCUUGGAGCUGUUUUGUUCUGCUACAGGUCCACUCCUCAACAAAUUGUGUUCACAGAAUGUGUAUUGGAAUAAAAACCCAGCAGCCCUCACACUGUUUGGUCUGAAAACUUCUGUUGAUAAAUGGGCCAAAUCAGAAGCCGGGAGGAAUGCCAACUUUGGCAUCAAAGGCAUGAUCAGGGCAAUAGCUACAGUCUUGAUGAGCCUUGCUCACAACUUAGAGCUCCUCAAAUAUCAUGGCAUCGGUCCCUUUUAUCACAAGAUGAAAGUCUUUGCAGAUAGUGCUAGCACAGGAGGUAAAUAUGCCAAGCAGGUUGCAGAUGACGAGAACUUCACCAAAUUAAUGAAUCGUUUGAGAGGUUGGGUCAACAAUCCGGAUUUCAUUGGUCACCCCAAGUUGUCAUAUCUGAGCACGGUUAUUCUCAAUCACUUUAUGAACGCUGGAGAAGGACUGGCGACUUCCUCUAGGACCUCGGACACACGGAUAAUGGUUUUCGCUCACUAUCGAGACAGUGCAGAAGAAAUUGUGAGGGUUCUCAAGCGCCAUGGUCCCAUGAUUAGACCUCACGUCUUCGUUGGACAGUCAGGGACGAAAGGUUCCGACGGCAUGGACCAGAAAACCCAGCUUGAUGUCAUCAAGAAGUUCAAAAAUGGAACUUUUAAUACCAUUGUCGCCACUUCAAUAGGAGAGGAAGGUCUGGAUAUCGGGGAGGUGGACCUUAUUGUCUGUUAUGACUGUUCGAAAUCUCCAAUCCGGAUGUUACAGCGAAUGGGCCGGACAGGCCGCAAGAGAGCUGGAAACAUAGUUCUACUCCUGAUGCGGGGAAAAGAGGAGAGCGACUAUGAAAAAGCAAAGGACAACUACUUGAAGAUGCAGGCGAAGAUCGAAAGUGGCCGUGAGUUUAAUUUUCAUGAUGAUCUCUCCCCUCGAAUUGUACCUCGAGACAUCUUGCCACAGGUUGACAAGCGAGUGGUCGAAAUACCCCUCGAAAAUACUCAAACGGGUACGAUUAGACCCCGUCGAAGGAAUGGCAAAAUUCCGAAAAAACCUCCUAAGAAAUUUCACAUGCCUGAUGGAGUCGAAACGGGAUUUUCCUUUGUUGGUAAAGGGAAAAAUCAGGUGAAGCAGCCCAAAGCAUCCAAGGCCCGACCGAAAAGUCGUGUCGAUCUGGACGUUGCUUUACUACCAUCAUUAAAUGAGGUCUUGCUGAAUGAGGAAGAAGAAGACCAAUUGGAGUCCAGAUAUGUCCAAGUGGUGGGGGUGGUCGACCAAUUUAUACAGCCUGUGAGGCUCCACGCAUUUCCACAGCAACAGCAGAGAUUGGGAACGACAGACUUGGUCAAACAUUCGGGUUUGACGAGCUCUUUGGUGAAGGCUUACGAAGCAAUGCGAGAUCCACAUCAAGACUGGAUGAGGCCUGCAGAGUGCAUCGAAGUCGACAUGGAGGAAGAACCAGAACAACGAUCUAGCGGUCUAAACAAGCCCAAAGGAUCCAAAACUAGGAUGAGACGCUCACCUAGUACUCUAUCGUCAGAUACGGUGCGCUCUCCUCCAGACCGAGACAGCCGCAGAGACAGAUACGUUAACGAUAGCUUUACCAUAUCCGAGGAGCUCAGUCUUGUGGCUGAACGUGACACCAUGUCACGUAGGCUUCUCGUGAGAUCGGAAGAUACUUUUGAAGUUUCUCAAAGCAGUAUGGGAUACGAGGAUGGUGAAGAAAUGCCAGACUUGGACUCAAUCCUGGGCAAGGGUUUUCAAAUGAAGACCAAUGGUAUUAGCGAGAAGCCUAGCUCGAGAAUCAACCGAAAGAGACGGAUCAUAGACAGCGAUGACGAGGACGAUGACUGA